CGCGUGGGGUCCGGCCGUUACGGCCGUUAAAACCGUUAGGGCCGUUGGGGACUGGCAAAAGCGCCUCCGAGCCGGGAGGGGAGACGGCCCGGAGGGAGGCCGGGCCCGGUGGAGGGGCCGGGGGUGUCUGCUGCCCCCCAUGUCUGUCCCGCGUGUUUUUAGCCAGGGUGGUUUUGUGCCUUCGCAGUUUAGGAGGAGGUAGAGGAUGAGUUUCCGUGGGAGAGGAGGUGGAGGAGGAAGAGGUGGUGGAGGAGGAGGAAGAGGAGGCGGCUUUAAUCGUGGAGGAGGCGGUGGCGACAGAGGUGGCUUUAAUCGUGGUGGACGAGGAGGCUUCGGACGGGGAGGCGGCCGAGGAGGCUUCAACAGAGGUGGAUACGACCAGGGGCCUCCAGAAACGGUAGUUUUAUUAGGAGAGUUCAUGCAUCCGUGUGAAGAUGAACUCAUUUGUAAGUGUAAAACAGAAGAAAACAGGGUGCCUUAUUUCAACGCACCCGUGUACCUGGAUAAUAAGGAACAGAUUGGCAAAGUGGAUGAAAUCUUUGGACAGCUACAAGAUUUUUAUUUUUCAGUGAAAUUGUCUGAGAACAUGAAAGCUUCUUCAUUUAAAAAAAUGCAAAAGUUUUACAUUGAUCCAGCAAAGCUGCUCCCGCUUCAGAGGUUUUUGCCAAGGCCUCCUGGAGAAAAAGGUGCUCCCCGAGGAGGUGGUAGAGGAGGACGUGGUGGUGGACGUGGAGGAGGAAGAGGUGGCGGCAGAGGAGGAAGAGGUGGAGGAAGAGGAGGAGGAUUCAGAGGAGGUGGAGGAAGAGGAGGAGGAUUCAGAGGAGGAAGAGGUGGUGGAGGAGGCUUUCGGGGGAGAGGAUAUUAAGAACGGAACAACGAUUAUCUUCCUGCUGUCUUACCGUAUCAUCUACAGAGGUGAAGAGCAAGAAAAAAAAUCCUAAAGGAUCCUGAAAAUUUCUUUUUAUAAAGAACUUGAAGCUAUGAAAUGACCAUUAUUGUUAAGUUAAUGACUAUUUUUCAACACGGGAAGAACUGAAGCUUGCUUCGAAUAUGCUUCAACAUUUUAAACUAAGCCAAGAUUCAAUGUUAUUCUUAAACUUUGCUUCUGACAAAUGACUUAGCCAAUGCUUGACUUCGUGUUGGAGUCUGGAGUAAACGAUCAUUUGAAAUGUGUUUUAGAAAAAGAAACAGCAGGUUCACUACAUGCACAUUCGUCAGUAUGAACCUGUUACCAUGUGUGACUGAUCCCUUGUUCUCAUCCCCUUUUUACGUGGAGUCUUGGUUGCUCUAAAAUGGACAUGCCUUUUAAAUAACCAUAGUGAACUAUUUUUUACCAGCUUAAAAACUUUGUUUACAGAUUUUUUUAAUGCGUAAUAACAUAUAUGAGAGAAGGAAGAUGGCAAAGAGUAUUUUAUGGGUUUUUAUGUAUGGAUCUCAAUGAAAGCCAAAGGCAUUAAGACCUGUUCUUCUCAGAAGAUACUGUCUAAUGAACAAAACAAGGUUAAUUCUAUUCUUAAGUCACCUAAUUGUAUCAAAUUACACCAAUACUAAACUUGCUAAGGGUUUUUAACUGUCCUCACCUUCUUAGCCUGUUUCUCUUGAGGUUUUGAUGUUCUGGUGCUCUGAGCUCGCAGAGGGCUGAUAUUAAAUAGGCCAUUGCAGGGCUCCUCUCCAUGCAGUGCUUUCAGUUAAGCAGAGCUUUAAAAAGUCUUGAAAAAGGCAGCACGAGCCUUCAGUACAGAUUCGGUCUUUUUAAUCAGACGCAUUGUGGGGGGUAUUGAAAAGCUAGUAACUGUCUCUUCUUAGAGCAUGGAGAAGCACCCUGUGUUUCUCCAUCCUUAACUUUGGAAAUGGAAUAUGAAUAAGGAAGUAGAAUCUUCCUCCCUGGAUUUCAUCUGGGGUGGGGAGUGUUGGCAGACCCUUAUACCAAGCGUUUUUGAAAAGACAUAUAAUAAGACAUACAAUAAUCUACGUGAAAAGUAUGUUGAGCAUGUGGAAAGGAGUACAUUUUGAAAUUGAUCAUACCGUUAUACUUCCUAAUAAUGAAUACAGUUGCAGGAAAAUGAGUUCUAGUAGCCUUCUGCUUAACAGAAACAAAGCAAUUUGUCAGUGCCAGAACUGGACAGUUACUGGUCAUUUCAACAAACAUGACUCCUAGUUUUGAAUCAUCUCUGAAACAAAACUUGAAACAAGCUAGGAGACUGAAUCAAGCUAGGGAACUGAAUCUUCAAGGAUUCAGUUAUGCAGUCUGAACGCGUGCUAUGUAGGAUAACAGAUAAAAAUGCUUUUCGGUAAAAGCAAGAAUAUAUUGAAACUUCUGCUAGGUCUGCUUUCAUAAGAAGAAUUGAAGUCUACUAUUCAACCACAGCACAAUUGGGAAGUAAUAGCAACAAAAUAGUCGGUAUCCCUUACUACAGACUUAAAUUUAAUUGGGUCAAUUAAAUACAGACUUCUAAAGGCAUUUAGACUUCCGUUACUAUGCGUUGCCAGGCCUAAUCAACUUAGGGCUCUGACUUGAGGCAUGGUAGAAUUAGAAUUGCCCUUUAUCCAGACAAAAUCUUGUAGCAAUUUUAAGCUCUCUCUGGGAUACGACAUUGCAAAUAAACAAUACUGAUCUGCAUUGCAGCUGGAAUUGUCAUAACUGUCACAGCUGUGAUUGCAUCCUCUGCUGUGCUCUGUUCCUUCACUGAAGCUUCAGUGCCUAGUUGUGGGUAGCUGCCAUAGCUCUUUCCUUAUUUUUCUGGAUUUGGAAGACUGGGGUAAUGCAGUCCUCUCUCUUGUACCCAAAUCUGCGCUUUGUAGUGCUGUUCUCACUGCCUGCUCUCAGCCGACUGCUGCUGUCACCUUUCAGUUGCAUUGAUGUGGCAGCUGGUGAAGUGCCGGUACUGCAGCAUAGGGCACGAAGCAUAUGCUUUGAAUCUCACAGCAGGUGGAGCAGUGGGUCGUGCUCAAGUCUGAAGCCGUGUUGCAAGGCAAAAGAAGACUUUCAUGUCAGAGGGUAAAGAACAAUGUUAGCCAUUGUAGUUCUAGAGGAAAGAUCUGGCUCUGAUUACAGGGAAGUGGAUUACCUGCCUUACACCUGUAGGCAAAGUUGGAUGGGAUAAACACACAUAUCCAGAGAGAAUUCAUAAUCUUAAAUCUUUGAGGAGGUUUUAGGGCAUUCAAAUGCUGACAGAAUCAUAUUCUUAGCAAUCGGGCGUGAAAUGAGCUGCAGUAUGAGGAGGCAGUGUCUGGAUUCAUACGUUGACUUCUGCUGUGUGGUGGUACCUGUCUUUUUUACAAGGUGCUGGGUAAGAAUGUAUUUAGUUGUGGUAGGGCCCAUCCAAUCCCAAGUCUGCCUUGCCACCUCUGUGCUAUGGCACCUGAUCCCACCUAACCUGAGCACUUGCUAAUUGUAAUAGAAAAAAAAGAAAUAUUACUGUCUUAGAAAAUGUCACUUCUUGUCUGCAAUGUGAUGCUGAAAUGAAAUAAAAUACAGGGUCCAUGAUUUUAUAUGCCA